AUGGCGCGGCCGCGGAUCGACAGGGCCGAAGCGGACGCCGUCCUGCAGGAACUGCGCCGCCGGGAGGAGGACGACUGCGACAACUUCCACCACUACGAGUUGGACGCCGAGCACCGCCUCAAGAAUCUCUUCUGGGCCGACUGCGACUCCCGACUCGACUACUUCUCCCAUGGCGACGUCGUCGUCUUCGAUACCACGUACCGGACCAACAAGUACGCCAUGCCGUUCGUCCCCUUCGUCGGGCUGAGCCACCACCGCACGCCCACGUUGUUCGGCUGCGGCAUCAUCUCCGACCAGUCCCUCGACUCGUACGUCUGGCUGCUGCGCACCUUCCUGCUGUCCGUCGCCCAGAGGAGGCCCAAGUCGGUGAUCACCGACGGCGGCGACGCGGUGGUCGCGGCCGUCAAGAUCGUGUUCCCGGACUCCAACCACCGGAUCUGCUCGUGGCACGUGGAGCAGGCCAUCGAGGAGCACCUCCACGGCGCGUCGACCCGGAACGAGUUCAGGUCCCUGGUGUGCGACGCGUGCUCCCCGGAGGCGUUCGAGGAGCGGUGGUACGGCUUCAUGGCGAAGCACCGGACCGCCGGGAACCGGCGCUGGCUGGACGACAUGUACGGCAAGAGGGAAUUAUGGGCCGCCGCGUUCGUCCACGACAAGUUCUUCCUCGGCAUGGCGGGCGACCAGAGGACGGAGUGCCUCGCCACGCGCCUGCACACGGGCCUCCACGGGGGCAUGUCGCUGCCCGACCUGCUGCGGCACGCCGACGCCUGCGCCCACGGCAUGCGCCGCGCUCGACGCCGAGGCCAACAGAGCGCCGCGCGCUGGUUCACGCCGGCCAACUUCUACCUCCUGCGCGAGGAGAUCAAGAUGAUCGACAGCUUCGAGGUCGUGGAGGCGACGGCCAGAGGCCACCCGACGUUCGGGAAGAAGGUCUACAUGGUGGUGUUCAGGCAGCGCCGGGGCGUGCUCUUCCACGUGGAGUGCUCCGGCUACGGCGUCGGCGAGGUCAUCAGGUGCAGCUGCCGGAAGAUGGAGCGCGAGGGCCUCCCAUGCCGGCACAUCCUGUGCGCGAUGCGCCACAACGACUCGUCGCUGAUACCGAACUGCUGCGCGCUGCGGCGGAUGCGGCGGCGAGGCGACGUCAAGUUCGAGCGGCUCCACGAGAUGGAGGAGCUGGGGCGCCGGGUGUUCGACCUGGCCUCGGAGGACGCCCAGGAGUUCAAGGAGAUCAAGGAGUUCUUGGAAGGCUGGCUGGAUGAUAGGAACGCAGUCCUUCGUGGCUCUGGCGCCGUUGCUGUAGUGGACAGCAAUGCUGCAGACGACGCGGACAGCGUCACGCCGGUGACAAAGAAGACCAAAUUGAUCGAGGGCUGA